AUGAGAGCACCGUCAGAAAACCGAUGGAACAGUGGGGCACCUCGGAAGAUCAGGGUCAAGCUGGAUCUCAAUUUCACUUUGCAGAGAUAUACUAACUUCUGCUCGAAUGUUACGGCCCUUAUCUUUGAGGAGCCCAGACUCGAACUCGCCCUGGGGGGAAGUCUCUUCUUCAUUCUUCGUCAACAAGAAAUGGCGACCGACACUCACGCGGAGAAAGAGGCAGAGCUAUCAACAUCUGCUGCUAACCAAGAUGGCAGCCAGCACAGCCCGGAUGUCGAGGAGGGAACUCAUGCUCCAGCCAGACAGAAGCUCGGUCGUGACUUUCAAAGUCGACACAUGCAAAUGAUCGCCAUUGGAGGAUCUAUCGGUGCUGGACUCUUCAUCUCCUCCGGUGGUGCACUAUACACGGGAGGUCCCGCGGCUCUGCUUGUUGGGUAUCUUAUUAUCGGCGUGAUGAUCCUCUGCACCGUACAGGCACUCGGUGAACUGGCAGUCAUGUAUCCAGUGAACGGGGCUUACUACGUCUACGCUGUCCGCUUCAUCGAUCCAGCCUGGGGCUUCGCCAUGGGAUGGCAGUAUGUACGGGGCUGGCUGAUCACUCUGCCUUUUGAGAUUACCGCUGCCGGAAUUACAAUCAGUUAUUGGCAUGAGUACAACAUUUCCAUUUGGAUUGUGGUGUUCCUUUCUCUCCUGGUCCUAGUUCAGUACUUUGGUGUUAAGGGUUAUGGCGAAGUUGAAUUUAUCCUGGGUCUCAUUAAAAUUAUUGCCAUCGUCGGCUUCGUUAUCUUUGGCAUCGUUGUUGAUUGCGGCGCGAAUGGAAACACGGCCUUUCGCAAUGGAUUCAAGGGCUUUUGCACCGUCUUCGUCGUCGCCGCAUUCGCCUUUGCAGGCACCGAACUCGUCAGUCUCGCCGCCGCCGAAGCAGCAAACCCGCUAGAGGCCCUACCUAAAGCCACAAGACAGGUCAUCUUUCGGAUUGCGGGCUUAUACAUCACCUCCCUUCUGAUCGUCGGCCUCAUCGUACCAAACAACUCAGUCGACCUCCUCGGCGCAUCUGGCGCCAAUACGAAGGCCUCUCCGUUUGUCCUUGCAAUUCAAUACGCAGGAGUCAAAGGUCUCCCGUCCGCUUUCAAUGCCGUGAUCACCAUCUCGGUUCUCUCAGUCGCCAACUCAUGUACCUACGGCUCCACACGUACAAUGCAAGCACUUGCCGCCGAUGGCAUGGCUCCUCGAUUUCUUGCCUGGAUCGACCAUAAAAGCCGCCCUUUCUGGCCGAUCAUCAUUCAACUACUCUUUGGUUUGCUGGCCUUUAUCAAUUUGGCUGCGAGCGGCGAGACCGUGUUUUACUGGCUCCUGGCUAUUAGUGGACUUUCAGUCUUCUUCAUCUGGGGCUCGAUUUGCCUCAGUCACAUUCGGUUCCGAGCGGGAUGGAAAGCGGCUGGAAGAUCUCUGGAUGAGAUUCCUUCCGUAUCUCCACUCGGCGUCACGCUUGUUUGCGUCUGUUUAAUAGCGACAUUCUACGUCGCUUUGUUUCCCAUCGGUGGUGAGCCGAAUGCAGAGGCAUUUUUGAUGAGUUAUCUGGCUGCUCCUAUCGCCGUAGUGCUGUUUAUAUUUUGGAAGUUUUGGAGCAAGGACAGUGGGUUUCUGGUGAAAGUGAUGGAUAUGGACCUUGACAGCGGUAGGAGAGAGUUUCAGGAAUAUUUGGAAACGAUUGAAAGGGGAAGCAAGGCGAAACAGAGUCUUGGACGUCGGGUGAUGGGUCUCUUCGUUUAA